GGCUGUACACAUCGGCCUCGGGGCCAGCGGCCGCCGCUGAUAGGGGGACAGGCCGCCAAUGCCAGCCCCGGGGGAAGAGGAAGCCUCUGAGGCGUGUGGGAUGAGAGGCAGCGCCUCCGCGCAGAGAGGCGCCCGAGAGCGAGCCCCGCACACGCCGCGUGCCGCUGGCGGCCCAGGGAGGUGAGGCGGCGGGCGCAGCAAGUGACUGCGACGGAAUGGCCCAGCAACAGCCCGCCCUGGGCAGCGCCCCGCCGCCCGCGUACAUUCACACCCUGCCGGCCUGCGUGCUGGAGGACUUCUGCCAGAAGAUGGACUGUCUGAACGACUACGACUGGAUGCGCUUCGCCUCCAAUGUGAUAACUGAUCAGACAGAGCUGCGGAAAAUCAAGUGCAUGGAGAAGACGGGAAUCAGCAUAACGAGAGAGCUCAUGUGGUGGUGGGGAGUGAGGCUAGCAACAGUCCAACAGUUACUGGAACUUCUCCAAGCACUGCAGCUCUACCGAGCGGCACAAGUGAUUCUGGACUGGGUAUCAGUCUCUAAUAUUACUAAUCCUGCCAGAGUGCCAUUAGAGUCACCUAAACAGGAGAACAUACCCUGUUAUCCCACAGAAAACAAAAAUAAAGCCAAAGAAAAUGAGAUUGGACCAUCACCAGACUUACCACACUUGUGUGUGUUAGCAGUACCUAAUCCAGUUUCUGGAGGAAUCUCAGACUCACUCCCCUAUCCACUACCUCCCCCAGAGGACCUUAUGCACUCCCUACAAUCAAAUCCUCCUCAUUCAUCGAGUGUGAAGCCCUGUGGUUCUUCCAGUCCUCGGCAGGAAACGAUUGCUGAUCUCCCUAGUGGGUGCCUUUUGUGGACCCCGGGGGAAGUGAUAAAUGCUACCAAUGGUUUCAGUGAGGAGAACCGAAUUAAUGAAGGUAUUUUUGCUGAAGUCUACAAAGGUCAGAGACACAAUGCAGUAUACGUCAUUAAAAGGCUCAAAGAGCUGGAAUGUACAAGCCAGAAUUCAACACAAAGAUUCUUUCAUACAGAAGUACAGAUUUGCCUUCGGUGUUGUCACAUUAACAUUUUACAACUAGUGGGUUUCUCACUAGAAAGUGGAUAUCACUGUCUGAUAUACCCCUACAUGGAUAAUGGAUCACUUGAAAACAGACUACAGUGUCAGGUUGGUUCCAUGCCAUUAACAUGGGAGAACCGCAUCACAAUUUCUAUAGGACUUAUCCGAGCCAUUCAGUAUCUCCAUAACUUUGGAAUUCUGCAUGGGAAUGUCAAGAGCUCCAAUGUUUUGCUGGAUGAAAACUUCACACCAAAACUUGGACAUUCAGGUCUCCGACUGUAUUCUGUGGAAAAAAAAUCAGACUAUGCUAUGAUGAAAACCAAAGUUUUACAAGCUUCCCUCACUUACCUGCCAGAAGAUUUUGUCAGGCAUGGACAGCUAACACAAAAAAUUGACAUCUUUAGUUGUGGAAUAGUUUUAGCAGAGAUGCUGACGGGCACUAAGGCAAUGGAUGAAGGAAGAACCCCUAUUUAUCUGAAAGAUGUAAUUGCUGAUGAAAUCCAAACAGCAAAAGCAAGUUCAUGCUCCAAGCACAAAAUCUUUGAAAAUCUUGCUGCCAAGGAAAUAUGCUGUAAAUAUCUAGACAGGAAGGUGGGACACUUGCCAUCAGAAAUUGCUGUUCUCUUUGCCACUGCCAUCUGCCUUUGUCUGCGGAAAAAGAAUCCUGACCUAGCAGAGGUGCAUGAAAUGAUGAAAAUGGCUGAACAUAAAAUAAGAGAUCAGAGCCUUCUUGAAGGCAGCACUUUUUCUGGAUUCUCCAUUAAUACCCCAGAAGAAACAGAUGACGAGACAGCUAGUCACAAUUAUAGUUCUUCAGGUGAUAGCAAUGAGGACAGUGCAACAGCAAGGUCCCUGAAGUGUGCAAAUUCAUCCCCACCUUUACUAAGAGUCAUGCCACCUGAAAUGUACAAUGGACAGAUGUCACGGGUCCCUUGCGAAUCGGAUGAAUCGAGUAGUUUUGUAUGGGAUCCUGAGGAGGGUUCUGCAUAUGGCCCACCUAGCAGUGGCUGUACUGAUCCAGAAAAUGCCACAUCCUCUCAUUCUGGGAGAAACGUUGAAAUAUGUACUGGUGGCUUCCAAGAAAAAAAUGUGGCAUCCAGUGAAAAUAAAAAGACUUUGGAAAUGGUAUCUCCUGCAGAAAGAAUGGUUUCUUCAACCCUUGACCCUUCAUGUUCUUCACAAGGAUUAGCCAAAGAAACCUCUUGGGAAAUAAAGAUCAAUGAUAAAAAAAAGAAGCUUAUGGAAAAUAUUUUACUAUAUGAAGAAGAAAAGUUAAACAGCUCUGAACUCUUUGAAUCUCAAACAUGACUGAAUUAUCAACAGUGGCAUCUUGGAAGAAGAAAUUGGGAAUCUUUUUCUGGUAGCAAAAUGGUAAAAGCUAAACCACACACUUCAUGUAAGGUUAAGUAGUAUAUUUUCAACAGACAUGUUAACUCUCUUUAGAGAAAAAGAAUAGCCACAUAUCAGGUGAUUCCAAGAGAAUGUCUGCUACAGUGUGGAUUAAAGCAGAAUGCAACUUUUACACCUCUAGCCCGAUAUAACGCUGUCCUCGGGAGCCAAAAAAUCUUACCGUGUUAUAGGUGAAACCGCGUUAUAUCGAACUUGCUUUGAUCCGCCGGAGUGUGCAGCCCUGCCUCUCUGGAGCGCUGCUUUACCGCAUUAUAUCCGAAUUCGUGUUAUAUCGGGUCGCGUUGUAUCGGGGUAGAGGUGUAUGAUCAGAAAAAUUAGCAUUGUCCUAUUUCUCCUUGCCUUACUGUGCUGAAAAAAAUUAAAAAUUGCCAAACUGAGACAAUUGGCUUAGGGCAAGCUCUGUUUUGCACUGCACUUCAUAAAGCAUUUGUGUACAGUAUAUUUCUUUUAUGACAAAUUAGGAUCCUGCACACGCUACAGCAGGCAUUCAUUACAUACUAGUUGGCAGUACUCUGUAAUAUCCAUUGCAUCUAAUAUUCACAGGGUGAUCAAUGGGAACUACUUUUCACUCUUUCAAAACAAAGUAACUAAAAAUGUACCUAGUUUCAUAUAAUCUUAUUCCACAUUCUCGAUUGUACUCCAUAUCCUAGAAGAUGUGGUGGGUUUUUGUUUUUUAAGGAAAGUUCUCUGCUGAAUUCUGUAUGAUUCCAUCUCCAGCUGCAUUGCAUUGAAAACGGAUGUUUGGACAAUUUUACAUCUCAAUGAUAGAACACUCUGGAACUGUACAUAUAUGAAUAUGUAAUAUCAAACAGUUACACUGAGAGAUGGUGUACACUGACUCCCUCUGUAGCCUUGAGAAAGUCAUUUAAUCUCUCUGUGCCUCCAUUUUCUCAUUUGCAAAAUAGGGUUAAUACCUCACUAAGCUGUUUGAGAGUUAUAUAGCAUUUUACAAACAUUAGUUAAGUGCUAUUAAUAUGAUUACUUGUUUCAUACUGUAGCUUUUGUUGUAAAUGUAUAUUUUGGAUUUUGAUAUGAUUCAAUAUUUUAAUUUAAAACCUAUUUAAUUUUUUAUGGAACUCUUGAGUUUGGAUUUGUAAAGGGCCUGAGGCAAUGAUUAAAACAAUCAGCUAAAGAUUAAUUAGUUAAAGGGCUGGAUCUUGAAGCCUUUACUCACCUGAGUAGUCCUAAUGAAGUAGCUGAUUUCAGUGUGCCUGCUUACUUGAUCAAGAGCUUCAGAAUUAGGCCCAGUGUUUGUGAUCACUUUGAAGAGGAAAAAAGCUAGAAAUUAUAAUAGAAAGCAUGGAUGCUUCUCCUAUUUAUUUUCAAGAGGAAACCUCCUCAAGAACAUGUGACAUUCUUACUCCUUUUUUCUUUACCUUGUAACAGAGUCUUUUAAUCCAGCGUAAGGAAAUAAAACUUUAUAAUAGGGGGGAAAAAGGACCUUCGGAACCAUAUAGCUCAGCUUUCUGCUGUGCGUAUCUGCUAUUUCUGGGCCUGAUGCUUCUAAUAUAUACUUGAGGAAAAUUCCCAUUACAAUUUGAGCAAGCAAGGAAUGCAGGAUUGGGCCUUGUAUGUGAUUCUUCCCUUUGGAAUUAUGGAAAGAUGUAAUUUUCUUAGAUGUACAAUAAGGUCUCCACAUUCAAGUCCCUCCUGAGGACCUAGUUCUAUGAAGACUUCUACAAGAAACUAGCCAACUGACAAUGGUAGGAGGAACUGUGGUAGACUAUCUUAAAAAAAAUUGCCCUUGUCCAAAUACUGCCUUACAAAGUGUGGCAAGGCCAACUGUCAACUUGCAUGAUCUGCUCCAGUCCACUACCUUUCAGCUGCCUAGGGUGUUGUGUAUGUUUGCUUUGGUCCUUUUAUUGUACAAGGCCUCAUUCUUGCAUUGGUAGCAGAUUUCAGUGGGUGUCAGUUCAGGCAUAGCAGUCAAUCCACACAUUAAGAACAUCAGAGUGGCGAUACUGGGUGAGACCAAAGGUCCAUCUAGCCCGAUAUCCUGUCUUCCGACAAUGGCCAAUGCCAGGUGCCCCAGAGGGCAUGAACAGAAUAGGUAAUCAUCAAGUGAUCCAUCCACUGUCGCCCAUUCUCAGCUUCUGGCAAACAGAGGCUAGGGACACCAUCCCUACCCAUCCUGGUUAAUUGCCAUUGAUGGAUCUAUCCUCCAGGAACUUAACUAGUUCUUUUUUUGAACCCUGUUAUAGUCUUGGCCUUCACAACAUCCUCUGGCAAAGAGUUCCAUAGACUGACUUUGCAUUGUGUGAAAAAAUACUUCCUUCUGUUUUAAACCUGCUGCCUCUUAAUUUCAGUUGGUGACCCCUAGUUCUUGUGUUAUGAAGAGUAAAUAAUACUUCCUUAUUUACUUUCUCCAUGCCAGUCAUGAUUUCAUACUUCAAUCAUAUCCCUCCUUAGUCAUCUCUUUUCCAAGCUGAAAAGUCCCAGUCUUAUUAAUCUCUCCUCAUAUGGAAGCCAUUCCAUACCCCUAAUCAUUUUUGUUGCCCUUUUCUGAACUUUUUCCAAUAUAUCUUUUUUGAGAUGGAGCGACCACAUCUGCAAGCAGUAUUCAAGAUGUGGGCGUACCAUGGAUUUAUACAGAGGCAAUAUAUUUUCUGUCUUAUCCCUUUCUUAGUGAUUCCCAACAUUCUAUUUGCUUUUUUGACUGCCGCCACACAUUGAGUGGAUGUUUUCAGAGAACUAUCCACAGUGACUCUUAGAGUAGUCUAAUUUAGACCCAUUACCCAAUGCAGUAUGAGAGCUUAAGUUUUUGGGGUCAAGGACCGCGCCUUCUAUUUGUACAGCGCCUAGCACACUGUGGGCACUACCAGAACCAAAUAAGUUAAAUUUAUUAUACUUAUCAUUUGAAAGUCACAAUCUUAUACCAGUUCCUCAGGUAGAUACCUACACUAGUAACUGAUAGAAGUUCCUGGCUAUAAGUGCCUAGAUAAUCAAAUUACUAUCCAUAAAUAUAUUGUCUAGAUAUUUUCUGGUAUUGAAUUUAUAUUACUGGUUUAAAAAUACAAAGAAAAAACGAAAUGAUAUAGGCAUUAUUUUUUAUAAAUAAUUGUCUGUUUAAGAUAUUCACUAACUGUUCUGCAGUAAUAUAACCUGGAUGUAUAAACCUAUUAUUUUAUACAUUGGGGUAUACAUUGGUUGCCUCUCUAUGUAACUUGCUUAGGGUAAUGUACACUGGAAUUUUAUUAAAAUCUAUAUAUUUUGAAUAUAUUUUUGAAUAAACUUGGGGGAAAACGUC